UCAUCUACAACCUCUUUAGAGUGACGCUCAGUUGUUCAGAGAAAAAAUGGAAAGACUCAACUACCCUGCACGCGAGUAGUGGCUGUGGUGCUUCCAUCCUCAGCCAGUCAGCCCCAACUAGUCGCCGAUCGAGUUCCAGAUGAGAAACGAGAGAGAGAGAGAGAGAGAGUAGAGAGCACAAAAGCAAAAAAAUUGAAAAUGUUCCCAAUUUCCAGAGGCUCUUCUCAGAAUUCAACACUGCUAGAAUCUGCAAAAGCACAUUCCAGUUCUUCUUCUUCUUUUUCUUCCCCUCCAGUCUCCCAAAUCCAACUUCUCUCUUCAACAAAAACCCCCGCCCCAAUUUCAGCAGAAACCCAUUUGAUUUCCGCCACAAACAACAAAGACAAUACCUUACCCACCAUGUCAGAAAUAAUGGAUUCAUCAAGAGCCCAAAACCUCAAUAUUCAACUCCAAACCUUGGGACCCUUUUUCAGGAUCACAGCUACCAGUUUGGAGACCAAGAGAGAGCUUGGAAGGGCAGAAGGGCUUGUGAGGUUUUGGUUGAAAGGGAAGAUUCUUCACUUGGACUCCAUUAGAUUAUGCAAAGAGACCCUAAGCAUGGAGAGGUCAAUCUUUGGUAUCGGUUUGUUUCUUGGAGCCGUGGCUAUUCGGUAUGGGUAUGAUUGUGGUUGCAGAGUUGCAGAGCUUCUCGCCAUUAAUGACUCGGACCUUUACCAUACCAAGCUUGUUAGGUUUUACACAAGAAUUGGGUUCAAGGCCGUGCAUGAAGUGACUGGUUCAUCUGUUGGAGAUCUUGCUCACAUGCUAGUCUGGGGAGGCAAAGGGACCCGAAUGGAUGCUGACAUCAAAGAACUUAUGAUAAAAUGGUGCCUGAGGUUUAAAGCUCACAGUUAAACUUAUAAAGCAAUCUGGACGAAAGAGGUUUACAGCUCCCAAAGAUUACAGUUCCCUAGCCAAGAGAGCUAAGACUCUGCUACCCAUUUACUUUAAGGAGCAACUCAUACUAAAAGCCCUGCAACUGAGAGUACAUGUCUGUUGCUCAUGCUCACUAAGGCUCAAUUUUUUUGGUCAUGAAAUGCCUGGAAGUAAAAGAUUGCAGACGAAAAUUUUGUAAUCCAUGUGCUUUUCUUCAUUGUCAGUGUGUAUAUAGAUUAUGUCUUUUCCUUUUAUUCCUGAUGAAACAGAGUCAAGAAUAAAAAAUUGCCUGCCUUUACCUUACUAUUUCCAUUGUACAUUGAAAGAAAUUGAAGCCUAAGUUUGAUAUGUUA